AUGCGCGCAGCUUUCACUGAAUGAGCUUGUGGCCUCUCCGUAGUGUCUUUAGCCAAUUGAGUCUCGAGGCCUAAAAUUGGGUCUUAAUCUCGCUCUGCCUAUUUGGCACUUUGAUUGAUGCUCUCUUACUCCAGCCGGCAAGGCUGCCUGAGCCAAAAAGGAAGAAGAAAAAAACAGACAAUCGCUUUUAGUUUAGCGUCACACACAUACACUCUCUCACGCACGCACACAUACAAACACGUACACACUCACACACAUGCACCCACACUUAUUAGAUAACGACUGGAGCGAGAGCAGAAUACGUUUUUAAGCUCCAAGAUAAGGCGCACCGCGUGGAGCACCUCUGUACCUCGCGGGGGGCUCGAGGAGGCCAUGGAUCAUAUUGGAGCGCAUCUCCAGCACACUCACGCGGAGCCCAUCAGCUUUGGGAUCGACCACAUCCUCAACAAUGUGGAUCAGAGCUGGAUGCCCGAGUCGGACUAUGGACUCGGUUGCGUUGUCAGCACUGCCUACAACACCAUGACGGGUAACUUCACCGGCAACAACUCUGGAUAUAACAGCAACGCAUAUGGGGUAACCAAUCUGAGCGGCACCUAUAACAUGAACAUGGGGAUGAACGUCAGUGGGAAUAACGUUAACGCGGCUGGAGUCAUCCGUGUGCCCGCGCACCGGCCUCUGAACAGUGGACACUCGUCCAUCCCCGGUGGUAUGUCCACGAUACCAGGCUCGAUUAACAACCUGACGGGAUUUACCUUCCCUUGGAUGGAGAGCAACAGAAGAUACACCAAAGACAGGUUCACAGUGGCGCUUUCACCCCUCGCUGUAACACGCCGUGUAGGUCACCCGUACCAGAACCGAACGCCCCCAAAGAAGAAAAAGCCCCGGACGUCUUUUACCCGCCUGCAGAUCUGCGAGCUGGAGAAACGCUUUCACCGACAGAAGUACCUGGCUUCCGCAGAGCGAGCGGCUUUGGCUAAGGCCCUCAAGAUGACUGACGCGCAAGUCAAAACAUGGUUCCAGAACAGAAGAACAAAAUGGAGGCGCCAGACAGCGGAGGAGAGAGAAGCAGAGCGACAGCAAGCCAACCGGAUCCUCAUGCAACUCCAACAGGAGGCUUUUCAGAAAACGAUAAACCAACCGUCAAACCCGGACCCGCUCUGCCUGCAUAACAGCUCCCUGUUUGCGCUUCAGAACCUCCAGCCCUGGACUGAAAACACCGCCAAAAUCAGCAGCGUGUCCGCCUGCGAAUAACAAACUCUGACCGCUUUUAUUUCCACUCUUUAAAGGUUAAAGGGAUUGUAGUAAUAUAGUGAACAACUUUUUAAGAUCAUGAAGACGACUUGAAAAAAUAUGACUCACGAGGACCGGAUUUAUCUGACACUGCCUCGAAAAAAGUUUGGGUUGAUAGUGUCAGUGAACUUAAGCCACGACACGAGCUCAUUAGCAAUGGGCUUUUGAGUUUCAGUUUAUCUGCCUGUUUUUACGUGGUUUAAUUUCAGAAGAUUUUAUUUAACAUUUUCAGUAAAACAUAAUCCAGUCCUAAUUAUGGACUAAGCCUAUAGAUAUACCUUGAUAUAAGUCAACAAUAAGUGAGCACUUAUUUUAGCACUUUCUCUUACAGGAAAACGUAUAGAUAUUCAUACCUGAUCAUUUGAGGAACAGGCCUAAUUCAAGAAUAAUGUAUCGAUUCGGUGGCAUACAUUCAGUAGCAUUCAGUAGCUGUGUCUCAUAACAAUGUUUAUGUUGAUAACAAUGGUUAUAAAUUAGGUUUUAGCAGUUGACUAGACGCAUCCCCUUUCUCUCUGUGCAGGGAAGAAGCAGUGACAAUAUUUGACCAUUUACCAUCUCAUGAAGUUUCUCUCUUAUAAAUUAGUCAUUAUCUUUUACCUUUUACCACAUCACUCAAGCACUUAUUCAUUUGGAUGAAACUUUAUUGCAGUCUGCUAUUUACCUGGUAUUUGCUUAGAAAUUUGUUAUCUAAAUAUUUUACUAAAUCAUUGUCCAAUAUUUGUUCUUGUUUUUAUCUUUCAAACAAGCACGACGGUAGAAAUAUUAAUAUUGCCUUGAGUUUGUUGAAGUUUUUUUUUUUUUUUUUUUGGUAGGUACCGUAUCCAUUGUUACUAUUAGCCUAUAAUUUCUUAAUAAAACCAGGUAAACAGCUGAAUUAUGCCUGUAAAAAAAAAGGUGUUAUUUGUUCAAUUUUCUUGUACUUUAGGCUAUAGUCCUCUAAUAAUUUCAGUUCUGGUGAUCCAUUUAUACAUAUGAUGACAGGCAAGAAUUAUAAGGCCAUAUAAAAUAUUUUUAAAUAAUUAAUACAGCAGUGUUGUGCUUUGUGUUUUUGUCAUAUUUUGUUUUAAACCAAUGGUCGUCAUGCAUUUUGGAGUGCAUGGAAGGAAUUACAUUGCUGUGUCUGGGAAAACUGAUGGCCAGAACUCUCUUUGACGAUAGGAACCAUCCCUCAUAUAUCUGCCCUAUUAGUCAAUACCAGACCUUUAUAAUGGUAUUUCCAGCAAGUGAUUGAUACUGGUUGCAUGAUAAUGAUGAAUGUGAAUCUACAUUAUGGAGUAUGUGGCGCUGUACUUGUGUGUUAGUGUAACACUCAUUGCAACUGUAAAGUGUGUGUGUGUGAUGCUGAUCUUAUGCAGCUGUGUGUGUGUGUGUGUGUGUGUGUGUGUGUGUGUGUGUGUGUGUGUGUGUGUGUGUGUGUGUGUGUGUGUGUGUGUGUGUGUGUGUGUGUGUGUGUGUGUGUGUGUGUGUGUGUGUGUGUGUGUGAGUGUGUGAGUGUGUGUGCGUGUGAGUGUGUGUGCGUGUGUGAGAGAGAGAGAGUGAGUGAGUUAGUCCAGGGCCUCUCUCUCCAUGGUCAAAAAGGAAUGUAGGGUAGAAUUUCCCCUUCUACUCAGAAAUAUCAGCACUGCAGCAUCACUUAAGUGGCUUUUCCAAAACUCCUGAAAUUCCUAAACCAAGCAAGCAUGCUGGCUUUCAGUUGUUUCAAAGCCCUCAAGGGAAAAAGGUGGUCAAAAUGGCAGAUAAGUUUCAAAGAAGUGAACAAGCACAGUGAGCGGCAGAUUAGAGUGAGGGUUUAGGCAACACCUUGCAUUUCUUUCGUGUCCUCAGUCUUCUCAUUUAAAAAAAUCAGUAUUCUUAUUUGUUUUUUUCAUUAAAUGAAAAUGAUUUAGGCUUGGUUUAUGCAAUCAAAUACAUGUCCUUUGUGCAUUUCAGAACUGUCUUUACAUGUUAUUGCAUUUCGACCAAGUGAGCAUUUACUGCUUGUUUUCUCUGCCACAAUUCCACCUUGUAACUACAAUCAAACAAUAUUAGUGACACAGCCACAAAUAUUCCUCAGUUCUUAUUUUGCUAUUAUUCUGCACCCUUUUUGUAACAUACUGUAUGAUGUAUGGAUAUUUCUAAACAUGUCCUCUAUUUGAUUUUAUUGGGCUUUGCUUCUCUAUAAUCUAUAAUGUUGCAAUGCAUUCAUCACUACACACUACCAAUGAGGGUUAACGCUGCGUUUACAGCUUAGUCUCCUGUUUAUACUACAGUAAUGUAUAACUCAGCCCAUGCAUUUUUCAUUCACCACCAGGGAAACAAAGCAGCAUAUCCUGAACAUCAUCAAUUAAGAAGUUAAAACAUAAAUUGCAAUAAACCGAUCUGUGUCAUGUCCUUCAUGAACAUUGCUACAGUUCAUUUGCAAUAAAUCCUAUUGAUUUAUGAAUAGGACUGUAUGAGUCAAAUUAGCUACAGUAUAAUCUCUUGUGUCUAGACCCAGAUGAAUCACUGUACCAUGUAAAGCCAUAAAUCAUUGUGUAGCCUAUGUCUCUGAAUUGAAAAUGUAUGAAUGAAGCAAGGUUCUUUUUAAUUUCGAGCUGCAUGUAAAAUAAAUAGUUUAUUGCAGACGUUAUCCUGCAAUCAUUGUUUAAUCAUAGUCAUGAACAGAGUAGGGCAAUUUGUACGUUACAAAUUUGUAUUAAAUGAUUUUGUAUCAUUUGUCGUA